CACCGACCAUCGAGCCAAAGCAGGCGGCAUGAGGAGGCUUGAUUCGGUACACUUAUCCAUGCUGCUCAUCGGGGUCUCCUUCGCCUGCUACUCCCCGAGUCUGAAUUCCCUGCAGGACCAGGCUUACAGAUCCGCCGUGGUGAUUGAGGGCAAGGUGCAGUCCGCGCCUCAGAACGUCUCAGCGGAGCCGUACAGUGUGAAUGUCAAAGUCCUGGACGUGUGGCCGCGGAACAGCGGGGGUCUGGAGCGGGAGCAGCUCGUCACCGUGGGGGAAUUUGGCUCGGAGGCUCCGUGCGCCAAAGUGAAGAAGAAUCACAAGUAUAUAUUUUUCAUGGACCCAACUGAUGAACCCUUGGUUUUUAAAGCGUCGUUUGCGCCCUUAGAUACAAGUGGAAAGAACCUGAAAAAAGAUGUUGGGAGGAUCUUGUGUGAAGACUGCGCUGCUGCUCCUACACUGAAGCGUAUGAGGAAUCCUGUGUUGGUGGACGAAGGAAGCAGGCUGAUUGUGAAGUGUGAGGCCUCCGGCAACCCCACCCCGGAGUAUAAGUGGUACAAAGAUGGCGCUGAACUGAGGAAGAGCAAAGAGAUCAGAAUCAGGAACAGCAAGAAAAACUCCAAAGUUCAGAUCGGCAGUGCAAAGCUGGAGGAUUCUGGGAAUUACACAUGUGUGGCAGAGAAUAGUCUGGGGAAGGAAAACGGCACCAGUACAGUGCACGUACAAAGCAUAACCACAACGUUAUCUCCGGGUUCGGGCCACGCCAGAAAAUGCAACGACACAGAGAAGGCAUACUGCGUGAAUGGCGGUGACUGUUACUACAUACAUGGUAUAAAUCAGUUUUCCUGCAAGUGUCCAAAUGACUUUACUGGUGAUCGCUGUCAAACCUACGUUAUGGCCAGUUUCUACCAGUCUCUUGGGAUUGAAUUUAUGGAGGCAGAGGAGCUCUAUCAGAAGAGAGUCCUGACAAUCACCGGCAUCUGUGUGGCUCUUUUGGUGGUGGGCAUAGUCUGUGUGGUGGCCUACUGCAAAACCAACCUCCCCCCCAGGAAACAGAGGAAGAAGAUGCACAAUCAUCUGAGGCAGAACAUUUAUGUGGAUCAUCCCAACCGAAACCUGGCCAACGGACCCAAUCACCCAGGCCCAGGUCCUGAGGAGAUACCCAUGGUAGAUUAUAUCUCCAAAAAUGUACCGGCAACUGAGAGAGUCAUUAGACACGGAGCAGAGGCACCUUUUCCUGGCAGCCGGCAGUCUUCCAGAUCCCACAACUCCUCCACCCGGGCUCAUUCCUCCACUCACAGACAUGAAGGGAGAACGUGGAGUCUGGAGCGAACAGACAGCGUCCUCUCCGACUGUCCUUCCGGCAUGAUGUCGUCCUCAGUGGGGACCAGUAAAUGCAACAGUCCUGCGUGCAUGGAGGCGCGGGCCAGACGUGCCGCACACUGUGGCUUUACUGAGCCCCACCGGCCGGCCCUGCAGUAUGGCGACUCUUUCGACUCGCUUGGGGACUCUCCGCAUAGCGACAGGUACGUGUCAGCGCUGACCACGCCAGCUCGCCUGUCUCCCGUGGACUUCCAUUACUCACUGCCCCCGCAGGUGCCUACCUUCCAGAUCACGUCUCCCAACGCCAGCCACGCCAUGUCUCUGCCCCCCGCCGCACACGCUCCCUACCCGCCGGAGGAGGACCAGCCGCUGCUGCGACGCUACCAGGUGCCGCUGCACGAGGCGCGGGGCCACGAGCCCUACCGGCAGCAGCAGCGCGGCAGCUACCUGCGAGACAGCACGGGCAGCCUUCCCUCCAGCCCCUACCGGCUGGCUCAGGAGGAAGAGUACGAAAGCACCCAGGAGUACCUCUCCUCGAUGGAGCAACCAAAGAGAAGCAGUCGGCGUUGGCGCAGGUCCAGACUCAAUGGCCACGUGGCGCCACGCGGCUACCAACCGUCCCGAGACUUGGGCUCGCGCAGCUGCCUGUCAGACAGUGAUUCGGAGGAGGAGGAAGGUGAGAGCACGCCAUUCCUCAGUAUGCAGAACAUGAACGCCGCCGAGCCCUCCGCCCUCUACAGGCCCGUGCCCGACACGCGGACUUCUCACGCCCAGAGCGGGCGGCACGGGCCUCGUGCCAACACACAGACCAGACUGACGCACUCGCGCUCCAAACUGGACAAUGCACCCCACUAGAGAGACCACCACCUAUCCACAAAAAUCGAUCUACUAUAGACAUGCACCUAUAAGAAAUAUUUUUAUUUUAUAUAACUGACAGAUAUUAUAAACAAAUGAAAUAUUUAUUUUCAUUUUAGCAAAAGUUGUCUACUAGUUAACAGCAAAGACUUUUUUUAUAGGGAAAACUCUAUUUAUAUGUACAUUUUGAUUUACAGCAUAAAAAAGAUGUGCCAAUUUUUUCACAACUUAAAAAAAAAAAAUAGAGUAAUAUUGUGGUGCCUUUUGCUGUAUGCUGAUGCCAGAGGGCCAGUGGAGUUUUUUGUAGCCUUUCUUAUACGGACGCCUCAUUUUUUAUACUCGUUUACUCUUUUGUUGUCUCUUUUUGGCCUUUUUUUUUUUUCUUUCCUUUCCUUUCAAGGUUGUGUUUUUUGGGAGCUGACCCUCAUUUGAACUGUGACAUCCCCCCUCCACCGUCAUGCAAUAUAAACCACUCUAACAUAAGGUGUAUGUUUACAUGAAUUUGAUCCACAGAGAUGUUUUAUGAUCAUGUUGCUUUGCCAACAGGAAAUCAAUGACAAAUGUAAUCUGGGGUUCGGAAAAAAAAAGUAGUGUGCGUGUGUGCGAGAAUGUGAAUGACCAAACGCGAGAGGCCUCGAAAUGACUGUGGCUCUGAGAAAUAUGCUGCUGUUGUCUAGAGUUACGCAUGUGGGCACCUGAUGUCGUCUUACAGAUGCACUGCCUUGACUUGCUUUGCAUCCCUACAGGGUAAGGUUUGUCACACGGGAGCCUUCUUUUUCCAAAGGAGAUUGUGGGUUAAAUGUGAGGGGGCCGUGGGCCGGGCUGUCAGUGCUAAUAGCUUUUGACAGAUAACAAAGAAAUAAAGAACAUAUAGUCUCUCCCACUCAACCCACUUUCCCGUCACUCAGUCGAGUCGCCCUCAUUAUCAGCACAUCCAUCUGGUUAGAGUGGCCAGCGGGAGAAAUAGACGGGAGGAAUGGAAGGCCUCACAGCGUCUCAGGACUUCAUUCCACUCCACAUCUUCCUCUAGCGCAGGACUGAAGAGAGACUGACACCAGGCUGAUGGAUGCAUCCACUCCAUCGUUUGGUCCUGGUACUUUGGGACAACAAGAGUAAAGGGGCUGUUCACACGGGACACAUUCUUUUCUUUGUUUGAUGCAUUCCAUUCGACAUCAGAUGUGGGAUAUUCCUACUUUAUAUUUCCGAACUGUGAUCAUAAAUGCCCAACCCUUGAAAUAUGAUGCAUAAAGAAACAAAAUUGCAAUUUUGGAAACUGAUAUAUGUGCACACUCUAAAUAACAGAAUAAACACACACACAUAGAUCAGUAUCAGUUAAAAAUGAAAAUUAAAGGAUGAAUCAAAUGAAUCUGGGGAUGGGAUGAACAUAUUUACAUUUUGCAACAAUGGGUUGAGUUAUGAGACUUCUGUUUAAUUCUCGUCCUGUGUGAACGGCCCUGAAAAGUUUCUGUGCAGGAUACACAAUCAUGUACACACACAAACACAGUCUCAAAUGACAAGACAAAUAGCUGUGAAAAUUAUUAGGGGUCAUUAAAAUGCCAAAAUAUGCAAACUUUAUAUUCUACUUGCGUUCUAAUGCGUUUCAUUUUUAGUGUGUAAUGUGGAGGCUGUUUGUUCACUGUUUUUUUUUUUUAACUUCAGGUCAUUUUUUUCAUUAGGUCCAUAUAUUUCAUAAUUAUUUAAUAUAUUCACAGUUACUCUGUAAGACACCAAAUAGUGCAAGUCAUUGUAAUUAUUAUUUUAUCAUUACUUUUCAUAUUCGACUCCAUUUUAAAGCACUCAUUGGGCCCGAACCAAACUAGAAACAGCUGCACUGACUAACUCUGUUUGGAUGGAAAUGCUCCUACAUUAACAACUAGUCAGUGUCAAUAAGCCUGAGAUGAAGUGUACUAAAAUCAGCUGUUUUUUAAUUCUUCACCUUCUAUAAAGAGUGUCCACAGUCAGCAUCAGCUUUCCACCUUGUUGAGAAGAUGUAAAGAAUAAUAGUGUUGAGGGAGGUGAACUCUAUUGGGUUAGGCACAGAAAAUCGACACCAAAAAACGGAGGAAGAUUAGAACUAGACAGUUACGUGCUCAAUGUUUUCGUGCACUUCUUCCAUAAAGGAGAUGAGUUGUGAUUAUUUUGGUGAAAAAACAAAACAAAACAACAAUAUACAUGUUAAAUCCUGAGGGGUUUAAUGCUGUAUUAUGACAGCACAACGAAAUAUCAUUUUUUAUUUUAAAUGAAGGGAUGUUUUGUUUGAAGUUUGAGCAGAAAUACUUUAGAUCCCCUACCUUUCUUCCUUACAUUUCGGGUCUUAUUUGUAUGUUUGAGAAAUGCCAAAAAGACAGUGCUCUAGUUAGUUUAAUGUGAUAUCUCUACUCAACCUCUUGACGGUUAUGUCUUGCCAGUUUAUUUCUACUUUUUCGUUUCCCCCGCUUGAAACGUCUAAACACCUCCUCACCUCUGCAUGUCCUUGUGGUCAAGGUUAGAUGGGUGCAUGGUACAAGCAGCAGAUGAUUUGUUUUCCUCAAGUCAGUGGAAGUGUGUUUUUUUUUAACAUUCAGCAAUAAAAAAAGGAAUCUUUUCCCCCACCAUGUCCAUUCUUGGAAAAUGCUAGAGGAUUUUAAAAAGUGAGACAAACACACGCGGCUGUCAUAGAUUGUAAAAAUAAAAUGAAACCACCUGUUCAUAUGAGAAAAUAAAUCUUUCUUGGUAUCAUUUUGGCACAUGCCCAUA